AGUGUCAGAGAGGUGCUGUCCAAGUGUGUCUAAGAUGUGAUGUGAGCGAAGUAGUCAAUUGUCCGGCUGGGAUACUAGUGAAGGGGGAGAGAACUGACAGAGCUCAGUUUGCUCCUCUCUGCAGGGAGAGAUUCUUCUAUAAGUGUCCACUUUUGAUUGACAGACACUGGCGGCUGGAGCAGAAAGCGGUACACAUCACCAUAUCACCCGGUCUGAGACCCUGAAAACGGGACCCUGCAAGAGGGACAGAUCCACAAUGCCACUUAGAGAAGCAGGACGUUCAAUAUGGAUGUAAUGACCCUGGUGAUUCCGGUGCAAGAGACCAGUAGCAGGCCCAGAUAUGUUGGACUUAGUGUGGAGGAAAGUCACCCAGAAGAGUCCAAGCCAUCUUCAGUGGAUCCUGUGCAUUAUGUGACUAGUACUGGUUCCUCUGAGGAUCACAACAAUCCUCCUUCACAAGUCAGCAAGGAGACCCAGACCGACUUUGUGCCUGAGGAAAGUAAUCCAGGACCAGAGUUCAAGUUCAAGGUAUUAGAGGACAUAACCCUUCCGGGGUCCUCAGAUAUGCUAGAUCAGCAGAAAACUCCCCCUGGAGAUGAAAGAAGAGUUGAGAAGAAACGAAAAAGGAAAAGGAAGAAGCGUCCAGUGAUAGAGAGAAGAGAGAUGGUGUCAGCCCCAGAUAUUUACUCCAAAACCCAAAGUCAAUCCCCUUCCCUCGUGUUAUCAGCAAUGGCUUCCGAUAUUUUUUCCAAAUUGGCCGUGAGAGUGAUCUUCUUUAUUUACCUGUUUGGUUUCAUACACGCCGCUAGUUCCCCCUCCAUGAUGGGACAAUGGCAUGUCUACACGUUUGCUACAGAAACCAGUCUCUUUAAUACUCGCCUCACUAUAAAGAUCGACCAGGAACCUCUCUGUGAGAUCCCACCGACAAAUCUUACACACUACUCCAACUGCACGCACAAGGAAUCUUCCGUCUAUUGGAUUAAUAGCACCUCGCUGCUUCUGCUCACGACACUUCAGUCUGACCAAUACUUCCUGGAACAUGGUCCAAAGAUACCAGCGACACCAGAAUUAGCAGGUUCAUUCAACACUAGUGAAGAAGCUCUGCAAGACUUUCAUCUAGAGAACAAAGCUUCUGCACCAAGUCAGACAGAGGAAUCAGCACCUGGAUGGGGAGUGCCUCUGACAGUUACGCUGAUCCUGGUUGGGGUUGGAGCUGGAAUUGGAAUUAUCGCGCUGCUGGUUAAAUACAACAAAUGUCCUGGAGAAAACUUCAGGAUGAAGAAAGGAUACAGCAAGGGCGGAUGCUCUGAGAAAGACAACAAUUCUGAAACAUUUUGAUAUAAUAUUUAUAUGUUUUUCCUCGGCAGGCAUGUAAUGCUCUGCUUUGUAUGUCAGGGAACCGGUUGGCAUGUACUUGUGUGUAAUAUGCAGUGGAUGCAUGUGAAACAUUUGUAAAGCCAAUUAUUGCUAUGGUUAUUCAUAAUCCACAAUAUUAAAUGCAUACAUAAUUCUUUUUAUAUAGACACAUAUAUAAUGUAAGGCUUUAUCAAAACUUUUGCAAGGCUUUUGCGUGCAUAUUACUAAUAAACUGAUAUAAACAGACACAAUUAAUGACUAUAAAAAUGCUUCUAUACAUUAGCACAGUGGUUCUUAAAACUGUGUGCCAUGGCUCCCUGGGGUGCCUCGGGACACUUGCAGGGGUGCCCUGGAUUGGUGGUCCAGGACCAAUUAAAAUUAUUUAUGGUCAAUGUAAUAGGCAAAACCAGUGCUGGUGGCUGCCAGUCAUACAAUCUGUGGACAAACAGAAGCAAAUCUUGUCCCUCACCACACAAUUGAACUUAAGGAUGACAUAUAAACGCCAUCUACUUAAUGUAAUAUUUCUUUCUAAAUUACUCAAUAAGAAAAUUUGGCCUAGGGGUACCGUGAAAAUAAUUCUGAUACUCUACGGCGCCGUGAUUCAAAAUAGUUUGAGAACCACUGCAUUAGUAUAUUAUAUUGUAUAAUAUUAUUGUAUUUUAAUUAGAGAUGUGUGGUUCAGUUCUACAGAAAUCCAAAUCCACCUGAAUUUUGAUCCAAGUGAACCAAAUUCCAAUCCGGAUCCUCAGGGAAGAUCCAAUCCAAACCGAGCCCUGGUUGGAAUUUUCCUCCUGGUCAGAAUUUGGAUUUCAAAUCUGAAUUUUGUGUUUUGGAUUGCAAAAAUUACGUGAUUUUAGCUUUGAUUUUAAUCAAUGCCUAUCAAAAAAUGUUUUAAUCAAUUUUAAACCAAACCGAAAUCCCAAUCUGAACCAAAACAUUUGAGGGUAGCUUCGCCAAAACUGAAAACCCGGUGAUGAACUAGACUAAAACACGUGGGUCUGUGCACUAACAAUAAUUAAACCUUACUAAAUUUAUGUAGAGCAAAAUUUGUUUUGAGAUGUCCUGAGCCCUAGAGCCGGGUAAUCAUCAGAGAAAUCUUUAUUAUGUAGUGCUGCUUCCAACUGCCGCUCUAUGCCAUGCCCAGAUAUUAUACUCUUAUGUAGUGUGAUCAUAUUGGCAUCUGGUUAGGUAUUAACAGUCUAACAGGUGCACUGGGUAGACUGAAACCCCUGUUUGGGGUUGUAACAGGCAAAUGGUGGCGAUAAUUGUGCCUGGUUUAAUUAACUUUGUUUUUUAUUCUUUUGUGCUGAAAGGAGAAACAGGCUACAGAUUAAUAUGACAACAGUCUAUGGAGUCAUACAGCCAUUUGUCUGUGGGACGUGCUUUCAUCACAGACAUUAGAGCUCAUUUACCAACAUUACAAUGAUGUGGAAUAUUUGUACUAAACCAUGACAGCCAAUCAGAUGUUGCCUUUAUUAUGCAGUAUGUAUACUGUAUACAUAUGUGAUACUGGGACACACAGCACAGCACACUAUUGAUACAAAACCAUUGAGUGCUACUACUGAUUUUGAUUCUUUGAGUAUCACAUGCCAAUUUUAAAUAUUGAUCAGGUUAUGAAUUAUAUGAAUCUCCAGUGGGUUUUUUAUUCCAUAAUUUCCACACUUUUAUCCCUCCUGAUUGGCCAGGCAUUUUUUGCUAUGUACUCAUAGUGGAUGAUCCCCUUUUUACUGAUGUUAAUAUCCCAGAGCAAAUGAAUCCAUUGAUUGAGGCUAAUUACUCGAAUAAGAUGUACCCCUGAUGAAUUCUCUGCGAGAGACGAAAUGUGUUGAGUUAUCAAAUUUGUCGUGAUCUGACCUCCAAACCUUGAAGAAGUUUGCAAAAGAAAUAUUUGUACAUCUGCUCUGGACCACCACUGAAUGUUAGUGGUGGUUGAAAUGUUUUAUGGACAGUUAUAUCAAUACAGCAUCAGAUGAUCUUCUAUAAAUUUUAAUACAUUUUGCAUAUUGGAACAUAUUAUUUGUUUUCCUAAGCAAGAUUUUAUUUUGACUCAGACCACAACUUCUUAUACUCUAAAUUGCUUUUGUCUUUUUCAUAGCAUAGUUGUUUUUUGUUAUUUAGUAUAUCUGUGUAUUUUGUCUUGAUAUUUUUAAUGUUGAUGUAUUGGACGGUCUGUGCUGUGAUACUAUGGGGUAAAUUUACUAAGCUCCCGAUUUUGACCGAGAUGCCGUUUUUUCAUCAAAGUGUCAUCUCGGUAAUUUACUAAACACUAAUCACGGCAGAGAUGAGGGCAUUCGUAAUUUUUUGCAAGUCCAAGUAAAAAAUUACGAAUGAAUACACCAUCGGUCAAAACGCGGCUGUUUAAGUAUGAAUCUCGGUCAUUUACUAAGAAGUGCAAAGCAAAAAAAAACCAAACACUGCCGUGAAAAAUUACAACUCGUAAAAAAGUGCUAAAAAAAAACAGACCUUUUUUUUCCCCCCGUGAUUAGAUAGGCAUGCACGGAUCCAUGAGAUCCGUGCAUGUAUAUCAGUGGGAAGGGGUGGGAAAGUGCUUUUUUUUAAAUAAAAAAUUGCGUGGGGUCCCCCCUCCUAAGCAUAACCAGCCUCGGGCUCUUUGAGCCGAUCCUGGUUGCAAAAAUAUGGGGGGAAAAAUGACAGGGGUUCCCCCAUAUUUAAGCAACCAGCAUCGGGCUCUGCGCCUGGUCCUGGUCCCAAAAAUACGGGGGACAAAAAGAGUAGGGGUCCCCCGUAUUUUUAAAACCAGCACCGGACAGAUAAUGCCACAGCCGGGGGUCACUUUUAUAUAGUGCCCUGCGGCCGUGGCAUCAAAAAUCCAACUAGUCACCCCUGGCCGGGGUACCCUGGGGGAGUGGGGACCCCUUCAAUCAAGGGGUCCCCCCCCAGCCACCCAAGGGCCAGGGGUGAAGCCCGAGGCUGUCCCCCCCAUCCAAUGGGCUGCGGAUGGGGGGGCUGAUAGCCUUUGUUGUAAAAGAAAAGAUAUUGUUUUUAGUUUUAGUUUUUAGUAGCAGUACUACAAGUCCCAGCAAGCCUCCCCCGCAUGCUGGUACUUGGAGAACCACAAGUACCAGCAUGCGGCGGAAAAACUGGCCCGCUGGUACCUGUAGUACCACUACUAAAAAAAUACCCAAAAAAAGACAAGACACACACACCGUGAAAGUAUAAUUUUAUUACAUACAUACACACAUACAUACAUACUUACCUUAAGUUCCCACGCAGGUCGGUCCUCUUCUCCAGUAGAAUCCAAGGGGUACCUGUUGAAGAAAUUAUACUCACGAGAUCCAGGGGUCCAGGCUCCUCGGGGAAUCCAGGGGUAAUCCACGUACUUGAAAAAAAUAACAAAACGGUGUCCCGACCACGAACUGAAAGGGGACCCAUGUUUGCACAUGGGUCACCUUUCCACGAAUGCCAGAAACCCACUUUGACUUCUGUCUAAGUGGGUUUCUUCAGCCAAUCAGGGAGCGCCACGUUGUAGCACUCUCCUGAUCAGCUGUGUGCUGCUGUCCUCACUGACAGGCAGCACACGGCAGUGUUACAAUGUAGCGCCUAUGCGCUACAUUGUAACCAAUGAUGGGAACUUUCUGCCCUGCGGUUGACCUAAAGUGACGUCACCGCUGAGCAGAAAGUUCCCAGCAUUGGUUACAAUGUAGCGCAUAGGUGUCAGCGUGACCCCGCCCUUGCUCCGCCCCUGCCCCACCCUUGCUCCGCCUCCGUCCCGCCUCCUCCCCACGUCAUAUCCCUCCUCUGCCCCCUUGCUGAGCCGACCUGGCUGCUCUCUCCCGCAGAGAGCAGCCAGGAUGUCGGCAAGUAUGUAGUAUACUGAUAAGAUGUGUGAGGUUAGAUAAGAGGGAAAUCAUUCUUUGGUUUGUUUUCAUCAUGCUAAUGAAAAGGAUCUGGUAGGUUUCUGUGGUUUAGUCUUUAGUGUACAAUAUCAGUGAGAAUUCCCUGCAGAGCACAGAUGUAGAUAUCGCUAGUUGCUGUAGUCAGACUGUUCUCCGGAUAAUAUGCAGAGAAUAAUCAAUGUUCAAGCAAUUAUACAUAGCUACUGUAUCCCUGUCUACAGGCAGUGACUUUAUUAUUCAUGCCUGGCAGACACUAUUGUCACAAGACUGGUUCUUGCUGGAUUGUAGCAAAUAUAUGUAACACCAGCCCACAUACAUGAACACGUGUGUCUCCCCAACACGCCACAGAGCACUCAGUCAUUGCACAACUUUGUUCCUGUACGGAACAUUCGUGGUUAUUGUGGUCAUCGGCUGCUGUGCUGGUCUGUAGGAGGGGCCGUUCAAGUCAAAAUUAAAGCUUUCUGGAUAUAACGUAUAGCUAAUUUUUGCUUUCUGGGCUAUGGAGCAAUGCAGUGACUGGAGUGUGGUUACAGCCCAAAUUGAAAGUCAUGACCAUUUAGCCCAGGGGAGGGGACAGCCAUGGAAUCCAGUCAUUUCUCACCCUCUUAUGUCAGGAUAAGGCAUUCCCAACACCCAGCUCCUGACACACACCACCCAUAAGAGAAUACACAAAGCCAGAUAAAUGGUAAACAUGCCACAACUUUAUUUAGUAAUUAUUUUACCACAAAAACUUAAAUUCAUAACAUAAAAAUGUUCUACUGUAAAUAUUGGGUGUAAUUGUUAUGAAUGCAGAAGAUUUGGUAAAGGAGCUUUAAGUAAACACACAAAAAGAAGAAAAGAUUGUCUCUUUGUUGGCGCACUAAUGGAGAAAGAAUGAUUUGAUCUAAAAAGUAACUUUUAUUAGUGAUUAAUUAAAAUAGAUGUGAA